UCUCAGAUAAGGCGCCACAUCGGUCGGCAGUUAUAGACGGUUAGUUUUUAUUUUCAAAUGCAUACAUCGUUUGGAAAACGGCGUGUCUUUUUCUCUCUUGAUACCGUUUUCUCAGUGUCUCUGCCACCUUCAAUCACAAAUGGCUCCAUCUUCUGCCAUUGUCACUUCCCGUUUUCAUGAAUCCAUCACUCGCCAUGCACUUCGCUCCUAUCUCUCUGAGUUCAUCUCCACCUUCUUCUACGUCUUUCUCGUCGUUGGCUCUGGAAUGUCCUCACGGAAGUUGAUGCCUGAUGCUUCACUGAACCCAACAAGUCUGGUUGUGGUUUCCAUUGCAAGUGCUUUUGCUUUGUCUUGUGUUCUGUAUAAUGCAUGGGAGAUCUCAGGUGGACACGUCAACCCAGCAGUGACCUUUGCAAUGGCAGUGGGAGGUCACGUUAGUGUACCAACUGCACUCUUUUACUGGGUCGCUCAACUUAUAGCCUCUGUUAUGGCUUGCCUUGUUCUAAGAGGCAUUGUUGUUGGCAUGCAUGUUCCAACCUACACCAUUGCAGAAGAGAUGACAGGGUUUGGAGCAUCAGUGCUAGAGGGUCUUCUGACAUUUGUUUUGGUGUACACAGUGUAUGCAGCCAGGGAUCCUAGGCGUGUUUCACUGGGUUCCAAUGGCAUACUUGUAGUUGGGUUUGUGGCUGGUGCAGGUGUCUUAGCCGCAGGUCCAUUCUCUGGUGGGUCAAUGAACCCUGCAUGUGCUUUUGGCUCUGCAACCAUUGCAGGCUCUUUCAGGAACCAAGCAGUGUAUUGGGUUGGACCCUUGAUCGGUGCCACCAUAGCUGGGCUUCUUUAUGAUAAUGUGCUGUUCCGUUCUCUGCCUCCAGCAGCAGGGCUUUCAGAAGGAAUUGGGGUCUGAACUGUAGUUUUAUGCAAUAUAAGAUGUAGUGUUCAACUUUUUGUAGUUCUUACUAUCAUACGUAACUUAUCCCAUGUUAUGUUAUAAGUGUUUGUGGAAAAUCUGUC